AUUCGAGUCGUUUGGGAGUCUCCCUCAACUAUUACGUAUCAGGAGGUUCGCUACCAUUCUCAACUGUCAACAACUGCUUUCUCUGUCCCAUUCACAUCCCCGAGCGGACGAAGUGCACGCUCAACCGUUACACAUGGGGCAACUCAAGGCCGCAGCACAUUGGCAUCUUUUGGUAAGCCCGCCAGUAUAAUGGGAUUUCAAAACAGAGAAGAACAGUGGGGAGACUGACCUUGCAGCCCGCCAACAAAUCGCCAGAGAAUCAAAUCGAAGUGGUGGAGCAGUAGCGCUGUUGUCCUGGCGACAAGAUGGAAACUGUAGACGUGUGUCAGAAGUGCGUUAAUUUGAUGGAAUCAAUCUACUGGAGUCAAAUGAAGACUCGCGCAUACCGCACGCACUGCCAUGACAUCACCUUGAUUGUGAGCAAAUUGUGGCCGACUUUAGUGGAAACGUUACAAGAGCGGAAUCCGAAUCUGUGCGACGUUGCCGGGGCAGAGAAGGUAUUCGGUGGUCUAAAAGCAGAAUUGGAGAACUCAUUGAUGAUAGUGAAAAAGUGCUGCGCGAUGAGACAAUUUGACAAAUUACUCGACCAUGGUGAUACGAAGCGGUUUCUUACCAUAUACCGUGACAAUCUUUUCUUGCGAUCUCGUGAGGUGCGAAUUUUUUCAAUCUGCAUCAGAGUCUAUGAUAUUUAUCUUACGCAAUCAGCCCUUGAAGUCUCCCAUAUUGUCACGCAGUUAGCGAGCAACUGGAGGCACACGAGUAUAUAAUGCACGUGUGUCCACCCAAAGGUAGGAGGAAGACGGCAGUAUUGACAACUAUGUUAUCACCGCCAAACUCAGAUGGUAGCGGUUUUGAUCCUACUAGGCG